CGCCCAAACGAAGAGAAAAGAGAAGAACCUCAAUCCGGAAGCGAAAAGGACCAGAAGAAACCAGAGGCGACUCCAGGUUCGUGGGCGAUGCUGCGCGCGGGAGCUAGGCAGCUCCUUGCCCCGGGGCUCCGGCGGCUCGGUCUGGGCACCGGCGCCGCCGGUCAGGUGGGCCCGGCCGCCGCGGCGGCGGGGAUGAGGGCGUACCACGAGCGGGUGGUGGACCACUACAACAACCCGCGGAACGUCGGUUCCUUCGACAAGGAGGACCCCAACGUCGGUACUGGGCUGGUCGGCGCGCCGGCCUGCGGCGACGUCAUGAAGUUGCAGAUCCGCGUCGACGAGGACUCCGGUAAAAUCGUCGACGCCUGCUUCAAGACCUUUGGCUGCGGCUCCGCCAUAGCGUCCUCGUCCGUCGCUACUGAAUGGGUGAAGGGAAAACCAAUGGAUGAAGUCUUGACAAUCAAGAAUACUGAGAUUGCAAAGCACUUGUCCCUUCCACCAGUAAAGCUCCAUUGCAGCAUGCUUGCGGAGGAUGCCAUUAAAGCUGCUGUGAAAGACUACGAAGCCAAGAAGGCGAAGAUGGGGCAAAAGAGUGAAGACAGUCCAUCAGAGAAAGCUGCUGAAGCAUGAAAGUUUCUGCCUUUUUUAAGUGUAAUUGAGCUGAUAUGUUUCUCAGUCCAUGACUCCCCGCUGCUUCAGAUAAAUGCUUCUGAUUGCGAGGCGAGGCGAGGGACCGCGUGUAAUGUUCACAAAUUCUGGUAGUGCGGCAUGUGCCUUAACUCUUUUGAGGAUGGUGACAACCAAUUUCAAAUAAAUUUGGUGCCAUCUUAGAAUUAGAAGUACUAUGUGGAUAUCACAUAGUGGAAGUGUUUUCUGUCAACUACAUAAUUGAAUUACGGCCGUCGUUGCACGGAGGCUAUUUUAAAAUGUUGUAUUGUAUGUGGUAUGGAUUCGCUUACGGGCCUGAAACUGUUCUAUUGGAAUCGAU